AUCCCUUGCUUGAUUUUCAUGAUUUCCAAUUUGCUGUUUAAUUGAGGAUUUUUAAAUUUGUCCUUUUCUAGGAUUUUUAGUUGUAUCACCAAUUCGCUUAUGACCCGCUCUUUUUCUACUUUGCCUCAUAUAAGCAAUAAGAGAUGUGAAUUUUCCUCUAAGUACGGCUUUGGCUACAUGCUAAAAAAUUUGAUAUGUUGUCUCCUUAUAAUCAUUGUCUUUAAUGAAAUUAUUGAUUGUUUCUAUGAUUCAUUCUUUGACCAAUUUAUUCUUUAGGCAAAAAUUUGUUUAUAUCUAUCAUAUGCCAUACGCCAUAAAUUUAUUUAUUGGCAAAUAGAGAAGGUUUCCUAUUUUAGCUAUAAAUAUCACUUGUAUAAAUUGUUCAUUAGAAAACACCUUUUUCCUGGGUGCCAUCCAUUACUUGCAUUCCUUUUGCACUGUGAAUCUGUGAACAUUUGGAGUAUCACUGUCAUUGCUAACAGAAGGAAAUCUGGUUCAGCCUUAUGAAUCUGAUAUCUGGAAGAAUGAAUACUGGUGAAUUGAGCAACAGUUUGAAAAUGAAUGCUGUACUUCAGGGGCUGACUUUUUUUUGGCUGCCAAGUACCAACAAUUAAUAUGAUUGUUGUUCAGAGAAUAUUAGAUCCUCUAGUGUGAGGGCUUGCUGAACGCUUUUCAGGGCUGCUUAUUUACCUUUGGUGUCUACUUGUCACUCAGCUCUCAUCUGUGGUUCCAAGAAGUUGUAGCAUGUGGAGCAGCCUGUUAAAAAUGAACAGAUGGGUUAAGUUAGGUUGAUAUCUACUCCAGGCUUGUGAAGACCUCCUCCUGGAAUAGGUGGAUGAGAAAAUUUGCUUCAGUAGCCAUGAAUGUAGCUGAAGUAAGCACUGUGGAGUGCAUAGAGUUUGGUUGGACAUCUAAGACACUAAAGUCAUUUAGGUUCAGUGUCAAUCAUCUAGGUUCAGUGUCAGUCAUCCAGACUUUUGUCUUGCCAAAGGAUUUAGAUGAUUCUGCAAGAAAGAGUGAGGCUGACAAUUUUGUGCAACUCACUUAAAUCCAAUUCAUACACAAGUGAAGAUAUUACUCUUUGAUGUCACUGGUACUUUUCAAACAUAAGGAUCACCACCACCACUGCCAACUGAUUAAUCAACAUUUUUGACUGUUUCAUCCUUUUAAGUCUUCUUCAAUCCAGCUUUACUUGUUUUAAACUGCCCUUGCAGCGGGACUAGUAUUUUCUUGGUAGAUAUCCUAGAUCAUCAGUCUUAGAAGGAACCUCAAAGACCACCCACUUUAAUCCCUUCAUUUUGUAGGUGAGAAAAAUGAGGCCCGGAGAAGAUAUUCAGAUAGUUACCUUCCCAGCUGUGACUUCAUGGCUUCUGGCUCUAAAAUCAAGGCUAAAGAGACCCAAAUAAAAAAAGAAAAAGAAGAAGAAGAAAUAGUAGUGGAGGAAGAGAUUAUUAGCACUGGAAAACCUACAGAGGGAAAGGCUAAAAAGGGAUUUUCCUGGUUCCGCAAUAUCAAAGAACGCAAGCUGUGGAACUUCUUUCAUUUUAAAAAACAUGACAAACAAGUAAAGAAUGUGCACAAGUGGGAAGAAAUUGAUCAAGAGGUAUUGGAUGAUUACUGUCCUUAUUCUACUGAAGCCCCUAAAACAUUGCCAACACAGUGGACAAAUAUUGAAGUUGGUAAUUGGUUAUGGAGCAUUGGAAUGGAGGAGUAUGUUGUAAAAUUUUAUUGUAAAGGAAUAAAUGGUGAAAAACUCCUUAUACUGGACAAUCACUCACUAAAAGAAAUCGAAGUCAACAGGAAGAAAGACCGCCGGAAAAUACUUAAGGCUAUUAAGAAAAUUAGAGAUUUUUUGGAAAAAAAUCAUAUUUGGGUCUUACUAUAGAAAUUGUUGGAAAGAAGACACAGAACCUGAAAGAUAUGGCAAAAAUGGAAAAUGCAAUUACUUUUGUUAUAUUGACUUUUCAUCAUUUUACUUGUAUGUUACUUUUGUUAUAUGAACUUUUAAUCAUUUUAUUACUGUUAUUCUGUUAUAAUUAACUUUUAAUCAUUUUGUUACUGUUACUUUUGUUGUUAUUAACUUUUAAUCAUUUCACUUCAAUGUUACUUUUGUUAUAUGAACUUUUAAUCAUUUCACUUCUAUGUUACUCUUGUUAUAUGAACUUUUAAGGGAUUUUACAUCCAUGUUGACUUUUGUUAUAUGAACUUUUAAGGGAUUUUACUUACAUGUUACAUUUGUUCUAUGAACUUUUAAUCAUUUCACUUCUAUGUUACUUUUGUUAUAUGAACUUUUAAGGGAUUUUACUUCCAUAUUACUUUUGUUAUAUGAACUUUUAAUCAUUUUAUUACUGUUAUUCUGUUAUUAUUAACUUUUAAUCAUUUUAUUA